CACGAACCAAAACAAGAACUUAAGACAACCAUCAACCAUACAAGAACUCUUCUUCUUCACCUGUUGAGUAAUACCACUACCCCUGGACACCUGAUUCGUCAAUCUCUUCAUUUCCCCCAAAACGACAACGUUCGGUAUUCCUUUCUUCUUCCUCUCGUUAGUUGAUUCUUGCUCCCCCGUGAAAGUAUAGCUCCUGAGGUACCUCUACCUCCACACAUAGGCACCCGGACUGCUCGUAUUGUUCUUACACCCGCCAGUUAACAAUUAUUUGUACGAAAAAGAAUUUUUUUAACGUUAAAUGGUUGUUUCAUUAAUAAGAAACACGUUGUACAGAGUUUAUAAAAAACACUGAAAGGAAGGAAACACCAACUGAAAAGAGAAAACUAACAGUAGGCAUCCCAAGGCCCAAACACGAAAAGCUUACCCAUUAGAAACCCAAAAGAAAAGACUAAUAGUGGGUAGCCCAAACCCGAAAGCCCACCCAUUAGCAACCCUAACCAGCGGCCUAAUCACCAACAAGCUAUCAUCCAAACGCAUCCCCCACCUCCGCAUAUGCACCGCCAACGUCAACAGCGUCUAAACAUGGUCAUUCAUCGUGGAAACAACGGAAGAAGCAGAGACUACUUCAAACACAGUAGUUCGAAACACGAGCGGUACCCCUUGAAAGACGAUUCACCAACAAGAAGCAGAAAACAACAGAACACGUCGAGGAGAACCGUACCCAGAUCUGGAUCCACCAUCUACCUAGAAAAAAAAAACAAGCAAACCAGAGAAACCAAUCUCGGCUACACACAGAGGAAGAGCCAUUGAAACACCACUUAUCUGAGCAAAAUGGCCAAAGAACUAGCUUCAAAGAUGACAUUCCUACUCACAAGCUCCCUGAAAAAACAUCCAAGACAACCAAGGUCUAUGCAUCUUCGAAUCAUCCCCAUUUAUGGAUGAAGCAUGUGUGGAGGUAAUUGGCAGACCAGAGAGGAGCAAGCGAAACCGAAGAAUCGACCCCCUCAAACACCAACCAAGAGAACCUCCACACAGAUAUAGAAAACCAGUCAGGUGGGGAACAAAAUCAUCUCACAAGGAGACAUGCAAAUCAUCACCACAAAGGUGGAAGAGGAAACGAAAGGAAGGAAAAAUCUCAGAAAGAGCAAAAAGAAUGAAAGGCACGAACGCAUGGAAGAAAACGAAGGCUACUGACUGAAAACAAAGCUGGAAACGAAAGAAAGACAACAAAAAGGAAAGAGGAGGAGGGCCACCGUCAGUCCUAGAGGGAAGCCGGCGGUAGCCCUUGGAAGAUGAUUUUGAAAAUCCAAAAAAGGUAGAGAGAAGGCAGAGACAAAGAAAGAUUAGAAUAAUAAAUCACAAACCACAUUAAGAAGAAGAAGAAGAAGAAGAAGAGAAACUACUCGCGAUAUUGUUAUUGCCAUUACAUAAAUAAAAUAAAAUAAAUACAAUGAGAAACCGCCUUUUUGCGAUUUCUUACAUCACCAUCUUUUUUUCCGCAUAUCAGAACUGUUGGGGGUGUUGCUAAGGGACUCCCUGCAGAGACUAAGUAAUACCGCGUCCAAUCGACAACGUAUGACGCUCUAAACCCGCUACGAGUAUAUAAAGGUAUGAAACCCACCAAGGAAAGGGGGGACUUCUCUCUCUCCCCUCACUUUCCACUUUCUACUAUCUCUCUACACUUUAUCUCUCUAUCUAUUCUCUCAACUCUCUCCUCAAACAUACACUGACUUGAUCGUCGGAGCUUAAUCCGGGGGGCAACCCCGGCUCUUUCACAGGUUCUCUCCUUCCCGGCGAGAUCGGACGAACAGAUGACUUGUUCGUGUCCUGAGCUUGAUGGCACAAACAAUUGGCGCCCACCGUGGGGCAUUGACUUAGAUUCUGGCUUGUUUGGUUUCCGAAGGAGGGUGGGGAUUCCUCAACACAAAAAUUAAGGAAGCUACAGAGCAAAGAAAUAAGAAGAUCGGGGCGCAGAGGAGAAGAAAAGGGGGUUCCCAAACCUUUCCAAAACCCAUCUACCUUCACUGCUCCAGGUUUCCCACUUAUCCAGUAGCAAGAAGAGAAGGACAACAAAAUCAGAUGGUAGCAACGAAAAAGAAAGAAACAAAAAAUUGAUGAACGAAGAACAGCAAACGCAGAUUCCGACGAGCCCAUCCAUUCCCGACGAGGCUGCAAAUGUCGUGCAACUCAGUUUUGAGAGCAGUCCAAAUCUAGCGUCCUACAGGAAAGAAGAAACUCUUCUUCCACCACUAAAAGCUGCAGCAAACUGCAGAUCAGAGAAACAUAGAAAAAAUAUAGAUCUGAGAAUCAACAGAAGGUUCAAGGUCAAGUACUCUCCCUCAACAUACCAAACGACGGCAUCACCAGUCACCGAUCCCUCCAGCGUCGAUGCCAAUGGUCCAGCCCGCAUAUCGAGAAGAGAGGAAAGAUACCCAUAUCUACUUUUGCGUUAUUUUCGUUAAUCUCUUCGGAGAUCCAUAAUACUCUGCGGGUGAUGGAACCAGAAGAGAAAAGGCAUAGGAAUCUGCAACGAAAAAGAAAGAGAAUCGGGGUCUUCUCUCUGCUUCCUUGCAAGGUGUCACACUCCCAACUCCACCGCGUUCAGCGCGCUCCCCGCUCUCCCUUGCUUCCGCUCACUUCAACGGCCGCGCGACUAAGACAACUUAGCUCCCAUCUGCGGCCGCGUGUCUAGACGUCGUCGAUUCUCUCAGUAUCCAUUCUACUCAAUUUUAAUUGAAAGGUGAAAUGCUCCCUCACCCUCCUAAUCAGCCGUGGUUGAGCUCUCUCUCCCAGCUCUCUCCGCGCGUGAAAACGGUAAUGGUGCUGUCUCUGCAAAAAAAAAAAAAAAAAUUCAAUCACAAAGAAGAAUGCCCACCGCUACUCUCCUGAGUCCUGAUCAGCCCGCCAACACCUGUAUCCAAUUUCAUUCCACAAGCCCACUGCAACUUGGCCCGCGCCCAAGCGCACUGUCCACCUCGCGGCCCAAACUCGCGCGCCAUGUAGCCCAACUCGAAGAUCGGCCCAUGUCACAAACGCCCAUCUCGCCUCCACCUCGCGAAUCGACUCACUUGGCCUGAUCCACCUCAAGCUGAUGGCGCGCCCGUUCCGCUCCGUCACCUGGCCACAAUCCGACCCGCGUCACAUGCAUCCGCCAGCAACUCGGCCCGCUCCCAAAUCCACAAGGAGUAGGCCGCAGCGAAGCUCCGCCGCCAAGCCCCGCUAUCCGCACCAUGAUCUUUCAAUUAGCGGACCACUAGUGCGCCUGCAACUCGCGGCCCACAAGAUGCACCCGGCCCGCCAAGUGAAGCUCCAGGCCGCUCUACCGCCGCCUAAAGCCCGCAACGCGGGCCCACUUCCGACAUCCCGCCAGGCCCAAGUCGCGAUCGCGCGGCCAACUCGCGCCCCGCGUCCAACAGGCGCCACAUCAAAAAUAUUAUUGUCGCCGCGAGGGCUCGAACCCGCGCCACUCCUGCACUAGACAAGCAUUCUGACAAGCAGGCUACAAGCGACCAUUGUGUUUCAAUGGCGCGGCGUCUGAUUUUGCACUAUUCGCGCCCACUCAGUUCGAAAGAACAAAAAAUAGCAAUAGUCACGCACUAUUCGCGCCCACUCAGUUCGAAAGAACAAAAAAUAGCAAUAGUCAUGCACUAUUCGCGCCCACUCAGUUUGAAAGAACAAAAAAUAGCAAUAGUCACGCACUAUUCGCGCCCACUCAGUUCGAAGAACAAAAAAUAGCAAUAGUCACGCACUAUUCGCGCCCACUCAGUUCGAAAGAACAAAAAAUAGCAAUAGUCAUGCACUAUUCGCGCCCACUCAGUUCGAAAAAAAAAUCAUUAUAUCUACAUAUCUGAGUCCGCGCAUUAUCUCCGCCCUAAUCAGCCAAAAAAAAAAAAUUGUUGUCGCCACCAGGAAUCGAGCCCGCGCCACUCCUUCAACAUUCAAGCACACUAACCAGCAGUCUACAAGUCGAGUUGUGAACAUUCACGAGAUAGGCCUAUUUCAACAAACUUUGCCGCGGCCUCUUCAAGUCAAAACUAAUCACUCAUAUCUCCCGGGCCGCGAGGUCAAGCCCGCUCGUUCUCAUUCCGUGUUGGCCUGCUCGCGCCCUCUACUCGCGAUACGCAAGCUCCCUCACUCCUCUUUCCGCGCGUCAGCCAUCAUACAUCCCGCGGGUCAGCCACCACUAGCUCGCUCGCGUUCCCCGGCCCGCCAAGCCCACUCGCGGCUAUAACCUGCGCGCUAUGAACUCGCGGAUCAGCCACCACCUCGGCGCAACGAAGCCCGGAGGUCCAAGUCCAAGUUCGCGGCCCACUAGCUCGCUCGCGUUCCACGGCCCGCCAAGUCCAAGCCCACGAUCAUCUCCAACUCGCGGCCCACAAGCUCGUUCGAGUUCCCCGGCCCGCCAAGUCCAAGCUUCGCAUCGCUUCAAAAAAAAAAAAGAAUUGUUGUCGCUGCGAGGGUUCGAACUCGCGUCACUCCUCCGCGUGACAAGCAACAAUACCAGUAGGCUACAUACGCGCCUUGUGCCAAAAUAGUGCGGCGCAUUCCACUUAAUCGGUAUCCUGCCGCCUCUCCAAUUUAAAGCUAAGUACUCUAUCCAUCUAUCAUUAUUAAAUAUUGAAAUAUUUUACUUUCAUGAGCGCUAAUGGGGGGCAAGACGCAAAAAGCUGGCACCGCGUCAGUCAAACGCGCCACCAGCUGGGGGGCAACUGGGGUACAUAGCGCCCCACCCAAAAUUACCGACGACGAAGAUUUAAAAAAUAAAAUAUAAGCUAGUGAUGAGUUAAAACUCACCACCAGCUUGGGGGGCAAUUGUUGGGGGUGUUGCUAAGGGACUCCCCGCAGAGACUAAGUAAUACCGCGUCCAAUCGACAACGUAUGACGCUCUAAACCCGCUACGAGUAUAUAAAGGUAUGAAACCCACCAAGGAAAGGGGGGAACUUCUCUCUCUCCCCUCACUUUCCACUUUCUAUUAUCUCUCUACACUUUAUCUCUCUAUCUAUUCUCUCAACUCUCUCCUCAAACAUACACUGACUUGAUCGUCGGAGCUUAAUUCGGGGGGCAACCCCGGCUCUUUCACAGGUUCUCUCCUUCCCGACGAGAUCGGACGAACAGAUGACGAGUCAACCCACACCAACAAAUAUCAUUGUUCGUGUCCUGAGCUUGAUGGCACAAACAAGAACCAAAUAGUGUUUUGGUAGUCGUCCUUGUCAAUCAAAUUAGGAAUUAAUAAAUAGAAAAAGAAAUG